AGGAAUUCAGUCAACGACUGAAGAUGGUGCAAGAGACAACGUCCCCUUCAAGCUCUUUGCGUACCAGCUUCAAAGCCGGCACAGUCAGGCCUUGCCUCGUGAUGAUGCGAUUGAUCGAAGGCCUUCUUCGGCGCAUUCGGGACAAGAUUGGGCUGGCAGAGGACGUUCUGCGGACGCAAUGGCGGAAGGCCUGGCGCGCUCGCAACAGCGCCGAAGCCCGGACUAGGGCAUCUCGAGCCGAGGCCCAAUCGGGGAAGCCCUGCGGGGUGGGUUGAGGGCAGACGUGGGCAGCCGGAGCGAGUGAGAUUGGCCGAGGGGCGCUGGAGCCUCUCUGCAGAGUGAUGGACAUACUUGCAGUAAGGUAUGCGGGGCUCGAAACCCAGCUAGGAGGGGGCGUGCGGCUGGGAGUGCACAUGCUGAAAUGGUGGGGUGUGGGCGGCGACAUGUUGAUGGGUGUGAGCUGAUCGAAGAAAGUUGGAGGGGAGUGGGAACGCCAAAUCUUGCAUCGUCCUUGCAGCCUCCCCGGUGCCACGGCACAGACGACGUGGGGCGCCCAUCUCACGUUUUAGCGUCCCCAGGACGGCCCGCUUUUUGGCAUGCACAUGGAGACGUUAGCCCAACCAAUCAGGGCUGCAUCCCCCGACUUCAUGUCUUGCGCAGCGACGGCCAGCGCAGAACCCGACAACAUUCGUGUUGGCUACCCGUCGAGAGACUCGCGUACCAGGGAAAGGGCCAAUCGCGGACAAGCCGUGCAGUACCCGCUGGUUGCCGCCGGCAUGGGAGGUCCGUUGGGCAUCGGACCGUGGCUCCUUGCGAAUGGAGGCACUGGCUCUGCAGUCGUGUCCAUUUGAGGCAGCUACGGCACGGUCUGGAAAUCCGGGAGGAAGACAUAUAAAGAACUGUUGCUGAUGGCGAGAUUCUCGGAUCCGAAGACCAUCAAACCUCACUUCUAGCACAAACGGCAUACCAUACCCUCUACCCGCGAGCCGGCACAAGAUCGAAGGCGAACGAAGCCGAAAGAAUGGAUCGCUACCCCUGCGUCAACAGAUACAAGCACGGCGUCGACUGCCCCGGCUGGGUGAACGUCCACGGUGCGCGGUGCGAAGACUGUGUUAUCUACAACCGGUAG